AUGGAAACCAAGGAAGGAGAGAGGAUAAUAUACAAAGUGACAAGGCAAAGAACACAAAGUAGACAGGACGUGGGAGAGGUAUCUGUGAUAAAGGACAAAAAUGGAGUCUUACUGACAGAAGAGAAUAAGGUCAAGGAAAGAUGGAGGGAGUACUUUAGCAACCUGCUGAAUGUGGAAAAUGAGUGGGACCCACUCCAGGAUUGCCCACCGGCUGAGGGCCCCUUGCCUGAUAUAAACGAGAAGGAAGUAGAAGAAGCAAUGAAGAAAAUGAAGAGCGGGAGGGCAACAGGGUGCUCUGGACUACCAGUGGACCUGCUAAAUCACCUAGGCAAGGAGGGAAUCCAGAUGGUCACGUCACUCCUUCAGAAAGUAUGGGAUGAAGAGAAGAUGCCAAUAGAAUGGGAACUAAGUGAACUAGUCACCAUUUACAAGAGGAAAGGGGACCCACUAGACUGCGCGAACUUCGGGGGCAUCAAGCUCCUAGAACAUGUUAUGAAGAUACUGGAGAAGGUGAUAGAGGGAAGGUUACGUGGACUGGUAUCGGCGUACGACCGGGUAUCUAGAGACCUGGUGUACUGGUGCCUCAGACAGCAAAAAGUCCCAGAGAAACUGAUAAGGAUGGUUGAAACGACAUAUCGAGGAGCAAGGACCACCGUGAGAACAAAAUAUGGCAGAACAGACGAGUUCACGAUCGGAGUCGGUCUGCACCAAGGGUCUGUACUUAGUCCCUUCCUCUUUAUCGUGAUACUAGACGUCAUUAGUGAGAACUUCCGAACAGGCCUGCCAUGGGAGAUUUUGUUUGCAGACGACUUGGUAGUAGUGGCAGACAGUGAGGAGGAGCUGCAGAGAAAAUGGAUGAGGUGA